GUCAUGUCACCCGUUUAGUCAACAGUACAGACUAGUCUACACACAGAGUGUCACAGAGUACUAUGAGUCUAUAAACAAAAGAAAAUGCCGUCUUGUGUUAUAAAAAAUUGCAGAAAUAAAUCAUCAUUACAUACGAAACAUGCUGGAGUGUCUUUUCACAAAUUUCCGAGGGAUCGUGUUAUAAAGCACAAAUGGACAACAAUAAUAAGAAAGAGUAGAAACGACGAAAAAUGGGUCCCUUCAAAGUUUAGUACUGUAUGCUCUGCACAUUUUGAGGAAAAGGAUUUGUACUUUACAGAUAAUGGCCUUCAAAGGGUAAGAAAAAAUGUUGUACCUAAAAAGAACAUAAGUCGCUCUCAGUUAUCUGAAAGCAUUCUCCAGUCCAGUCCAGAUAGUCCGGGUAGUCAAGAAUGUCCAAGCCAAGAUUCUGAAAACUCAAGGUCAUCAGAUUCUACGGCCACAUCUAAAUUAGAACCUGCCAUUCAAAUACUGAUACCAGAGCCCAGUGAACUAGCUGGUACUAGUGAAAUGUCUGAAUGCAAUGAACUGCCUACUAGUCAUGAAACAAGUGAGUGCAAUAAGUUACAAAGUUCAAAUGAAUCAAAUGAGUUACCUGAUGAAAAUUCAGUAUCAGAAUCUGAGAUUGAUUCUGUAAUUGAGGGGUCUUAUCGAGUGUGCUUAGAAAAAGAACUUCGUAAACAUAAAAGAAUUAAAUUAGAGAAUAAUAGAAAAAUUAAAACACUCAAUCAAAAGGUUCGCCGACUCAAAAGAAAAAACAAAUCAUUGAAAACAAUAUUGAAAGGAAUAAAAGACAAAUAUUUAAUUGAUCCUAAAAUCGAAAAAGUGCCAACAUUAAAUGAAGUACCCCUGGAGUUAUUUCGAAAUAUAUAUGUAAACCGUAAAAAGAAAAUACAUUAUUCGCUUGCAAUUAGAAAGUUCUGCCUAACAUUGAAUUCCUACUCUUCUAAAGCUUAUGAAUAUGUACGUGAAGUAUUAAAUUCAAGUCUACCUCAUCCCAAAACCUUACCAAAAUGGAAUGAUAUUAUUAUUAGUGAAACAGGUACCACACCAUGUGCAAACAAAGAAAAACAAAAAGAACCAGAUGAUUUCUCUUCAGAAGAUGAUUAUACCACAGAGAUACCUGAGCACUACCUUCCGGAACAUCAGUACACCACAAUAAAACAAACUUCUUACUCUACAGUACAACACAACCUAUAUCCUCCUAUACAGGAGAACUACCCUAAUGAUCAACAGGUCCAGUAUACUACCGAGCAACAACACUAUUCUUCAAAGCCUCAUGAAGAAUAUCCUUCAAAACGGUAUGAUUAUCCCACAGCACAACCAGUUCCAUAGUUUCAGUUGAGACUUAUUGUUAUUGGGCAUUUACAUAUUUGUUUUCUAGUGUCUUAAAUUUUGUAUUGUAAAUAACUAUUUAUAAUUAGGUUAGGUUUAGGUAAUAAAUGUUACGUUGUUUAAGUUUUUUAUACUACUGAAUUUUUUUGAAGAGUUUAAAUAAAAUAAAAAAUAUCCAUUACACUCAUCAAA